AUGGCAUGGGUGAAAUUCUUAAGAAAACCUGGGGGUAACCUUGGAAAAGUUUAUCAGCCUGGAAGUAUACUGUCCCUGGCCCCUACAAAAGGCUUAUUAAAUGAACCAGGACAAAACAGCUGCUUUCUUAACAGUGCUGUUCAGGUAUUAUGGCAACUUGACAUAUUUCGACGAAGUUUAAGAGGCUUAACUGGACAUGUGUGUCAGGGAGAUGCGUGCAUAUUUUGUGCAUUAAAGGCAAUAUUUUCACAAUUUCAACACAGUCGAGAAAAAGCACUCCCAUCAGAUAAUAUGAGACAUGCCCUGGCAGAAAGUUUUAAGGAUGAACAGCGUUUCCAGCUUGGAUUUAUGGAUGAUGCAGCAGAAUGCUUUGAAAAUAUCCUUGAGAGGAUUCAUUUUCACCUAGUGCCAAACAGUGAAACAGAUAUGUGCACUUCAAAAUCCUGUAUUUCUCAUCAGAAGUUUGCUAUGACACUGUAUGAACAGUGUGUAUGUCGCAGUUGUGGAGCAUCAUCAGACCCAUUGCCUUUUACGGAAUUUGUGCGUUAUAUUUCUACCACAGCCCUGUGUAAUGAAGUAGAAAGAAUGAUGGAGAGGCAUGAACGUCUCAAGCCAGAAAUGUUUGCAGAAUUGUUGCAGGCAGCAAAUACUACUGAUGACUACAGAAAGUGUCCUAGUAACUGUGGUCAAAAAAUAAAAAUUCGUCGUGUUCUUAUGAAUUGUCCUGAGAUUGUCACUAUUGGUUUAGUCUGGGAUUCAGAACACUCUGACCUGACAGAAGAGGUUGUGCGGAAUCUGGCAACACAACUUUAUCUUCCUGGGCUAUUUUAUAGGGUUACAGAUGAAAAUGCCAAAAAUAGUGAACUUUUUCUUGUGGGAAUGAUUUGCUACACGAGCCGACAUUACUGUGCCUUUGCCUUUCACACCAAGAGUUGCAAAUGGGUGCUGUUUGAUGAUGCUAAUGUAAAAGAG